AUGUUGAGUGUCGCGACUCGGGGCAUCGGGAGACGCCCUUCACCAGCAACAACAACAACAGCGGCGAGGUCUCUUAGCGUUGGGCGGUGCCGAGCUGUAGUAACAACAACGGCAACUACAACAACAGCAGUAUCAUCAAGAGGAACCAUCCGCCAGUUCUCGGGUGUUAAAUUUCUAGACCAGAAGCGGAGUGGAGAAGAAUCUGUCUACUUCAAGAAAGAAGACGAGGCGUUACUGCGUCGUUUGUUGGCGAAGCAUCCGGAGGUGGAUCCCAAGUUUCAGUCUGGAGGGGGGACGGCGUCUUUGGAGUCUUUGAGGAAUUCGUUGUCUCUCUGCGCCUCUAAGCAUUUCAACCAGCAACCUUCAAAAGCAUUUCUCGAUGAGCUGCCAGCUAUCUUCGCUAGCCAUGGUUGGCAACCCCCCGAAGAGGUCAAGAGCCUUGUCCGCUCCCUCCAAACACCACCGCGCCCCCCCAGCUAG